AUGAAAUCGAAAUUCUUCCAUCCCCUCACUCUCCUCUUGGCGGCUGCAUCUGCUGUGUUCGGUGCGCCCCAGAACAUCGACCCUAUUGAAUACUUUAAACUUUUGUAUCUAUGCGAGGACGGCGGGCCUAAUACCUAUGUCGCCGUCCGCUAUCAAGGAAACCAGUACACUACGUUCGAGUACAACCAGUGCUACCCGUACGAAAUAUCCGGAAAUCUGGCGGAGAUGGCGGUCUUCUGCAAGUCUGCGACCUGCUACAAUAAUCCAGAUCCGGACUGUACAGGUGGAGCAGUGCCGCCUGUCCCCGUGCCGGUACCUGCAUUAACGACGCUUGUGAAUGCGGCCGACUGGGUGCAGCUUCUUGGGCAAGGCGCGACCUGUCAGAAAAAUGGCCUACCUUGA